CAACAACCGGCGGGAAAGCGAUAAACGUCACGUGAGACGAGCUUUUUAUUCAACAUGGCGGCGUGCAUGACAGAGUAGCGUAAUAACAAGAGUCUGCUUGCUGUGCCGAUGAAGCAGGUUUAAUUACGGUGUCGGAAGAAUAUCACUGGGUUUUCGGGUGUUUCCUCCGUGAUCGAGCUCUGAAGCAGCAGGAUGCCAAGGAAGACCGGUGACCACUUCAAACCAGGAGACCUGGUGUUUGCCAAGAUGAAGGGCUUCCCUCACUGGCCUGCCAGGGUCUGUAAGUCCGAGAACGGAUACAAGAAGCGAGUGCCCGUCUUCUUCUUCGGGACCCAUCAGAUAGGUCACCUCCCUCCAGAGAACAUCAUUCCUUAUGUCGGCAACAAAAUGAAGUAUGGCAGCGGCGUUCGCAUCAAAGGCUUUGCUGAGGGCAUGUGGGAGAUCCAGAACACACCGGGAGUCGGGAGCAAACUUCCCCGGAGUAAAGUACCGACACAAAGCAGCACACAAACUUCACCUGCGCAACCAACUUCACUCGUUAAACAGGUGACAAAUGACAAACAUAAAACUACCCCCACUAAAUUGGCUCCCGGUAGAGCUACACCUGCAAAGCCCGAGGGUAAACCGACUGCUGGCAGAAGUGACAAGGAAACCGCUGCUGCUGCCGCUGUGGCUCAAACUCCGACAAGAGCCUCGUUAAGAUCUGCUCUGGAGAGGACAGUAGACUCCAGACAGACUUCAACAGACGUCCCUGUGGCGGCCGUUUCAGAUGCUGCCGCCAAAACACGAGGCAGAAAGGCUGCAGCGAGUAGCAGCCAAGCUGAUGCCACUGCUGAGAAGAAGGUGGAGACAACAGCAAAAACAGAACAGAAAGCAGCAGCUCCCCCCAAAGCCUUUGAAUCUGCUUCUGAGAAAAACGUUGAGAAACAGACGAAUUCAGACACUACAGACAGCAAACCUGCGGCUGAAACUACAAGUAAAGUUCCAGCGGUGAAGAAAACUCUGAGCACAGCCGAAACCAAAGCGGCUUGUGUGAAAGUGGAGAUUUUGUCUAUCUGCCUCGCUGCAGAUCCUGAGGAGACCACGUGUCCCGUCACCACCAGGAGCAAAGCGUCAGACGCCAAGGUUGAUGUUGAGCAGCAGCAGAAGAAGAAGAAGAGGGGGAGGACACCUGCUGUCACCACUCCAGUCAGCGACAAACCAAAGACCACACAAUCAAAGACUGACGUGUCCAAGAAGGACCAGGACGAGGAGGAGCAGACGGAGAAAGAAAAGGAAGAGAAGAAGUCAUCCAAGAGCCAAGGACUGAAGAGGAAGAGGAAAGAGCAGGAUGAAGAGGUGGAGGUGCAGAAAAAGGCAAAACAAGACGGCAGUGAAGGAAAGGAAGAAGUGACUGCGAAAGAGAAGACGGCAUCAGUCAACCCAGGAACAAAGAGAAAGAGAGAGGAAGAGGAGGAGACACAGAUGAAAAGGAAGCAGGAUGAAGAUGUGGAACAAAGCAAAGAAGUGAUGAAGUCAGCAGAGAGUGGAGGGAUGAAGACAAGGAGGGGACAAAAAGAAGAACAGAAGGAGGAGGAGAAAACAAAAGAGAAUGGCAGAGUACGAAAGAGAGGAAGGAGAGGAAGAAGGCCACGGGGAGAAGGAACGAAGAGUAUAAGAGGGAAGGAGGCGGAGCUGAAAACAAAUGACGCUGCAGAAGGAAAUGAAGACGUGAGGACAAAAAGAUGGAAGACCCGAGGACGGAAGAAGAAGACAGAAGAGAAGGAGGUGCAGAAAGAAGAAGAGAAGAAAACGGAGGAGGAAGACCAAAGAGGAGAAACAUCAGAGUUUGACGGGAUGAACGCGGGAAAAGCCAAGAAGGAUGGAAACGCAGAGCAACAGGAAGACGAGGAGAAAGAAGGCGUUUCUGUGGAUGUGGAGCGUCAGCGCCACCUAGCGGCCAAGAGGGAGAGUUUGUUGAAGUCUCUGAGAGGCCUGCUGAAGGCCGGGAGAGGAGUGAGCAGGAGGGAGGCGACGAGGAGCUCCCAGAGAACCGCAGUGGGAACCAAGAAGAAGGCCGAGAUGAAGAAGACAGGAAGGAAGAAGACGUCGGUCAAGAAGAGCGUCAAACAAUCAGCCGUCGCCACAGAGAUCAGCAAGAAACCAGGCGUCAAAAGCAUCAGGAAGAACACUGCCAGGACUGAAGUGACAGAGGAAGACAAACCUGACUCCGAGACGCUCAAACAGAAAGAACAAACGAGUGAGAAGAAAAGGGAGGCGAAGAAGGACGACCAGAAGACGGAGCAGGACAAGACGGCUGAUGGAGUCGAUCAAAUCAAUCAAACCACGGCUGAAGUGAAGACAAAAGAAAAGGAGGGCGAGCCGAAGAAAGAAGACAAGACAAAGACUGAGGGAAAGAAAGACGAGGAAGCGAAGGAGAAGAAAGGAGAGGAGCAGCAGAAGGACGAAGAGAAGAAGAACGAGAGAAAAAUUAUCGGGAAGAUUGUGAAAGCGAUGGCUGGACAGGGAACGAAGGUUCAGGUAAAGACGAUGAUGGGAGGAACGACGGCAGCAGGAGAGGAGGAGAAGACGAGCGGAGGAGAAAAGGUGGACGGCAAGAAGGUAGAAGAGAAGACAAAGACAAAUGAGACCGAGAGCACAGACGAGAAGAAACCCGAAGACAGAAAGACGGAAGAAGGUGCAAAAGUGGAGAAGAAGACUGUAAAAACGAGAGAAGCAACAGAUGACAAAAAAGACAAGAAUGUGACGGAGGUAGAGAUGGACAGAAAGAGCAAGGUGGAAGAGGAGGGACGAAAGACGAGUGGCGACGAUGAGACGGCGCUGAAAAAACAAACGGCACAGAAAGCGGCCGCAAAGGUGCAAGAGAAAAACCAAGAAAAUGAGACUGAGAAGAUGAAGACGAGAGAACGAAAGAAGAGAGAAGAGAAGAGUGGAAAACCUGACGGAGAAUCGCAAGAGAAGAAGGACGACAAACACACUGCAGGACAGAUGAGGACAACAGGCGAGAAGCGCAACAAGCAGACAAAACCACCGAAGAAGAGUGCAGGCGAAAAAAUGACAACAGAGAAGCCGGCAGAGACGCCACAGGCGGAGUCAAAAACUGAGGACAACGUGGAGAAGAAGAAGAAGUCGGGUGCGGAGCAGGAGCACACCAAAGAAACAAAACCACUGAAGAAGAGUGCAGGAGACAAGAAGGAGGACAACACUUCAACAGACGCCGCAGAGUCGAGAACUGAACCAAGCGCAGAAGAAGAAAGUACACCAGCAAGCGACUCGGGUGGAGGGAAGGUGGAGCAGGUGCAGUCGGUGGGGAAGCAGCAGCAGCAGAAGAAGAGCCCGACCGUGACGCUGACGGACUCGACUCUGCACAGAAUCCACGGAGACAUCAGGAUUUCUCUGAAGACUGACAGUCCUGACAUCAGCAGGUGUCUGACGGCGCUGGAUCAGCUCAGCAUGGUUUACGUGACGUCCAAACACGUCCAGAGACACAGCGAGCUCGUCGUCACUCUGAGGAAGCUGCGGUGCUACAGAGCCAGCCAGGCCGUCAUGGACAAGGCCUCCAUGUUGUACAACCGCUUCAAAAACGCCUUCCUGGUGGGGGAGGGGGAGGAGGUGGUGAGCGCCGCCUUCCUGCGCUCGCUGCUGGAGGAGAAGGAGAGGGAGGAGGCGCAGCGGGCGGAGCGCUGCAGGGAGAGGCUGAGGCGGGAAGAACUCCUGCAGGAGGUGAAGAGACGCAUGGACCAGGUGCAGGGGAGGAGGAGGAGGACUGACGACGGAGGAGGUGGGGAGGAGGAGGACGAGGAGGAGGAGAAGGUGACUGGAGGAGAGCAGUAGGAGCUCCGGUGGACUGUUUCUGAAGCAGCUUGGACUGAACCAGCUCUCAUCUGAGGGGUGUGGACCUGAACACCCCACACACACACUCACACACAUAGUUUAGGUUUUCAUGUCUAAUGAGGACAUUACACAGACUUACAUUCAUUUUCUGCAGACUUACUCAAACCAGAACCAUAGCUUGCCUAACCCUGACCUUUGACCUUUACCCUGACCUUAACCCUAACCUCAAGCUCAACCUCACCUUAAAGUCUUCACCCUAAAAGUUAUUCAUGUCCCCAUGGGGACUUGCAUUUUGUCCCCAUAAGCCAGGUGAGUCCGUGUAGCUGUGCAAACAGGAUUUUGUCCCCAUGAAAUCAUAAAAACACACACAGACACCAGCUCUACUUAUUUAUUACUCUAAUUAAUUAUUUGUUGUUAAAUGUGAACAGAUGUGAGUUUUGGUGGACUGCCUCACCUGAGCAGGUACAGGUUGUGUUGUUGGUCUUGUUAACUCCUGUUCGUGUGUUAGUCCAGUUAACACUGACUCUACCUGAGCAGUUUUUAUGAACCCAAACACUACCUGAGCUGACUGUCUUUCACCCUGAGAUCACCUGUUCAAACUGGUCCAGAUUCAGGACUGGACAGACCAUAUCAGCUGUACUGCAUCUGGACUUUGCCUGGACAGGUAAAACCCAAACAGUGAGAAGAUUUUUUAAAACCUUUUUGUCAUUUGGGUGAACUGUGCCUUUUUGAGACAACAUAAGCUGCCUCAGCCGGCGGUCAUCUGUCAUGAAGAGAUGCUUCACAUAAGUUUUAUUUCUUUUGAACCUCAAACGAAAGCAUUAAGCGACGUCACUGAAGGGCUCGCAGCAGUAAACGUACAAACAGACGUUUUUAUACGGCGAGAUACUUUAUUCUGUGUUUUUUAAUGUGUUGUGUGCAGAUGUUACAGAUGUUCGUGUAAAUACUACGACGUUUUAAAACGUGGCAGUUUGACAAACCCGCCCGAUUGUUUCGGUUUCCAGGUUUGUGUGUACAUCAGCAAAUAAAUCCACAAAUUAUU